AGAGGAGGUCCUCAGUAACAAGCUGGAGAACCGUACAGAGACGGGCUUUAGACAGCGGCUCAAGUGGCGACUAUCCAACGUGGCCGACUUGUGCACCACCGCGUGUCUCUAGCUGCCUUCCCUCAGCCUCCUCACCACCAGCAUUUCACUCACCGCCACCACCCACACCAACACCUCUAAUACCAAGAUGGCUUCAUCUUGCUGCCGCGUUACCGCCAUCGUGCUCGUCUGCUCCUGCCUCCUGCUCCUCCUGCAGGAGGCGAGCGGCGCCCCCCGCUGCGAGAAGCACGACCAAGAGGCUCCCAGGAACUGCAAAUACGGAACAACCCUUGACUGGUGCAAGAACGGCGUGUGUGCCAAGGGUCCCGGCGAGACCUGCGGUGGGUACAGGUGGUCUGAGGGCAAGUGUGGCGAGGGAACCUUCUGUUCCUGCGGGAUUUGUGGAGGAUGUUCGCCCUUCGACGGCAAAUGUGGCCCUACUUCCAUCUGCUAGUCCAUCCAUCGCCACACCCCACCCGCCCUGCCGCCCCUCCUCCAUCCCCUCCACAGGCCGCCCCGAAGGAAUACACCAGAGGACUUUCAUAGCAGUUCAUGGUCAUGGGUCUCCUAGUCAGAGUCACGUCACAAAGUCACCACUGGGAAUGUUCAGUCUUGCCAAGUUGCCAGUCCCUCGUCAGAUGUUGGUGGUGCAGGGUGUUUGAUAGCAGUUAUAACCUCCAUCUUCCUCCCCUCACCGUUUGUAACCCAGACAUUGUUAGGAUACACAUAUUUUGUAUUACUCUCUAACACUACUCACCACACACACCCCCGGCAGCGUCCACGCGCGGCGCCUGGGUGCUCCUCUCUUCGGCGGCAGCGUGGUGACCAUCAGGGUCGCCGCCGCCACCGCCGCGGCCAAGUCAUGAUAGAGUCCUUUAUUAUAUCCUCAUAUACUCGCCCCUCUAACGCUAGUACGUAUAUGCUUGUGAUAGUCCAGUACAAAAUAUUGUUAAUCUUGAGGCAGCGAGCUAGUGAGGCGCCGGAGCGGGAGGAGCAGGAUUGGUGGCGGCGCCCUGUCAUCCUUGCCAGGCGACGCCACCACGCCUUCCUCCCGGGCACCAGUCAGUGUUUCCAACCCUUCGGCGGGAAGAUGACGGGCCGGGAGGUGACGCUCAGCAUACUUGGAGGCUCACUCACCUCUUUGUGCUAAAUUUCAGUCAAUCACGAUUUUCCAGGAAAAAAAACAUUGUUCUUGUGACGAGAUUGCCGCUGGCUGUCUGAGUCUGAAGCGUUCACUUCACUGAUAGCAGACAGUGGGAUUGUUGUCUCGUGGUGAUGCUUGUUAACUCGCGCUUCACACCUGAGCACACACACCUGCCCGGCCCCAUUCACACCAUCACGCGCUCAGUGCAAUUGUCGGGUAGUAAGAGUAAGAAGCCUGUGUCUAUGGUAGGUUUUAUUAUCUAUUGGUAUAAGUUUGACCUAAGAUACCUGUCAGCUCGGCAAUAGAUUACUCCUCUGUAUGAGAGACAAAUUUCUACCUGUGUGAUCUCUCUGAGGGCACCGGGGCAGCACACCUCACCUCGCCUCAGCCGUGUCCCGCCAAGCCAACAUCGGAAGCAAUGCCCAACACUAGAGGAUUACUGUAACCGUGCUAGGUGACAGGUGAGCCCCUUGGGGUACCUGGGAGUGAAGGCGGUCCUCGGCUCAUAUGUAGGGAGCACAUGGGGCCCCCUGACCGUACCUCCACGUUUAUAAGGAGGAACUUACAAAAUGGUGCAAUAAAAGGAAACAGAAGGCAGUGA